AUGAGGGCCGAUAUUCGCAGAUGUCGUCGGUGCAAGAGAAAGAGAUUGGACGAUGAGCCCAUGGAGGUUAAGCAGUAUAAAACUUGUGCCAAAUGCAGGAUUAUAGAACGGAACAAGAAGAAUCUGCGCAAGCCACUAGCUAAAGAAACCAUGCUUUAUGGGUUAAAACAGUUUAGAGAGCAGCAAUCAACAGAAAAUUACAUUGAGGAGGAAGGGUUGUUGAAAGAUGAGUUUUUCAAACGAUAUCAUAAUAAACCAUUCAAUUACGACGCUGAAAUUGCCAAAGUAUUGAAUGACCCCAAUUAUGAACCUCCAGUUAUCACCAACAUUACGGAUGAAAUAAUAGAGGCAUCUGAUGUCACUUCGCCGAAUGGAACUAGGUAUCAAGUGACAAUCAGACGUGACGACAUUGGUUCACCCACCAGAGUUAGAGUACCUCGCGCCGAAAAGAUCAAGAAGCCAAGGCAAUCGUACAAGAGAGAAACUUCCACAAAGUACAACCAUUUACUUCCACAAGUCAAUAUACUGCACUUACAGCAGCCUGUUGUUGAGCAGGCUUCUGUGAACCAACCGGAAGUAGUUGAUGAAAAGGAAGAGCUCAUUGGAGAAAUAUUGGCAUUAGGUAAUGGUGCUGUAUCAAAUAAUGCAUCUGAUAUAAUUGAUCAUGCUAACCCGUACCAGUUUUCCAAUGUCUACUCCAAUUUUGAACAGUAUUUGCAACGAAUACUUGAUUUAAAGACUCAAAAGAAAAAUAUAAACAAUUUGGUUUUGUUAAAAGAGUACAAGGAUUCUUUCCCUGAGGAAAUGUCACGAUUCCAUGCUGAUGCAUCAAUAGGUGACAGGAACACUGAAAACCUUAGCCUCAAUGAACGCCAAUCGCGGAUGAAUUUGUUGAGCAACUUGAAAGCGUUGUAUGUUGAUCCAAUUAUUGCUUCUACUUCAUUACCAUUUGAGCAAAAGGGAAACAACUUGCAUGAUUCUAAUUUUUCGAAUGAAGUGAGGUGUUACUACCAGUACAAAGAUAGACCGGACACGGACGAUAGCAAGAUGGAUCUCAUUAACUCCUCGAUCGGUCUCACCUAUCAUAAAAAGUAUAACAUAUUGACAAUCAAGUUCAAUUUGACUGUGAUUGACAAACGUAGUCAAUAUCCUUUAACGUUAAAGGAUGCAAUUGCCGAUGCCUUGAAAAAGGUAGAUUCAAAGACUAGCGAUGAAGAUGAUUCUCGAGAUGUACACGAAUUAGUCUUUGAAGAGUUGAAUAGUAGCCAUGAUACGUUUGACGAUGAGUUGAAAUACUAUAUAAAGAGCUUGACUUUGGAAAAAUUUGGCGAGGUGUUUGCUACCAUCAACGGAGAACUCAUUGCCGAGGACGAGGAUGCGGAAAUUGAAGACGAAUUAGAAGACGAAUUUGUAGAAAGUGAGGACGACGUGGAAGCAGGAGCUGGGGAAACCGUAGAAGGCAGUAAUGAUGUUGAUGAUGAUGUUGAGGAUGAUGAGGAUGAUGACAAUAAUAAUGACAAUGCUGAUCUUGAAAGCUAUGCUUCAGAACAUUUGCAAGAAAAUGGUAAGGACGAGGCCGUGGAUGCUAUAAAGGAGAAGAAUGCUUUUGACAAGCCUGUCUCUGAAGUUGCUGCUGAGUCAUUGGAUCCAACAUUGAAGUUGUGA